GAGUAUUCUGGGACAUGGUGGUCGAAACCAACAUCAAAAUGUUCACGUACAUUAUGAAUUAAAUCAACCGCAAGAUGUUUAUCAUACAUCCGAUAAUGAGAAAGGAGCCAUAAAAUACCAAAAUGUUGAUGAUGUGGAAGCUCCUAAAAAAAUUAACAAGCAAAGAAAUCAAAUUAUCACAAAAAGUCCCGUGAAAUGGUAUAGAAACACGAGAGCGGUUUUACAGAUGUUUAAAUCAAAUUUCUUAUUGAUUUUUCUCCCUCCCGCAAUCAUCAUGAAAAAAUUUGGUGUAAAUGAAAAUGUAUUAUUUUUCUUCAACUUUUUGGCUAUUAUCCCUAUGGCAAAAAUUAUGACCGUGGGCAUAAACGAUCUCUCCGCAAGAUUACAUCCGGCUUAUGGGGCAGUACUUCAUGCCUUUGCGGGAAAUUUUGUUGAACUGGUAAUUUCGUGUUAUGCCUUAAUGGACAAACAAUAUGCAAUUGUUCGUUCUUCCGUGCUUGGCGCCAUCUUGUGUAAUAUUUUGUUGAUCCUGGGUGUCGUAUUUUUGGCGGGAUCCUGGCCGAAAAAGGGAGAUCGCCGUCAGUCCAUGAAUGCGCAUUUAAAAACGCAACUUUUCGUUUCCACAAGUGCUUCAACACUCGCUCUUGCAGUUCUCGCCUUAGUAACACCGGCAGCAUUUAAAAUUGCCGCUCCAGCGGGCACAGGCAUUGAAUGUGAUUUACAAAACAUUAGUCAUGCUACUGCGAUUAUUCUACUAUUCGUGUAUGCCGGGUUAUUGGUCUUUCAAUUGAAAACACACGCUCAAGAUACCGUCGAUCCUGAACAUCACAAGCAUGAAGCACAAUAUUUCCUUGUAUUUGAUAUCUUUUUAAUCGUCGCUUCUAUUUCAGGUAUUACCGUGUGUGCUAGAUACUUGGUUACAAGUAUUGAACAUUUGGCACACAGUUUCCAUUUUGGUAACGGAUUUAUUGGAAUGGUACUUUUGCCCCUUUGUGUUGUUUCCAAUUUCAUGGAACAUUAUGACGCUAUUAAAGAAGCUUCGGAAGACAAGGUUGACACUGCCGUCAGUUUAAUUCUUAAUACAUCAGUUCAAAUUGCACUUUUGGUCACACCAGUCCUAGUACUUGUUGGAUGGAUGACAUCAAGACCUUUGACAUUAGAUUUUAACACUUUGGAAAUUUGUGUGUUGGCUUGUGCUGUGUUAAUUGUAAAUUAUCUAGUUGCGGAUGGUAAAGCAAAUUGGUUAGAAGGUUAUAUGCUUAUAGUUUCUUAUAUCAUUAUCGCGGUUGCAUUCUUCUAUUUCCCUAAUGUACCUGAACUUAAAGAAAACUUGAAAUGUAACCCUUGGAGUAGAAAUCUUCCACCGGAAUUAUUAGAAAUUUCUUCUUCUGAAGCGGCCGGACAUUAA